AUGGCAAUUCCAAAAGCUCUCUACUCUUUAGCCAUCCUUGUCCUUCUCUUUGUUGUUUCGAAUAGUCAAACAGUCUGCAAUCCAGGAUGCAAGGCUAAAGAACCGUUCAACUGCGACAAUGUUCAUACAUUCAACCGAACUGGAUUUGCAAAGAAUUUCACUUUUGGUGCAGCUACUUCUGCAUACCAGAGUGAAGGUGCUGCACAUAGAGCAUUGAACGGAUGGGACUAUUUCACUCAUAGAUAUCCAGAGGGAAGACUGAUUGGAGGGUUGGACGAGAAUGGUAUUCAAUACUACAACAAUCUCAUCAACGAGUUACUAAAACAUGGCAUAAAACCAUAUGUCACUAUAUUUCAUUGGGAUGUUCCCCAAACUUUAGAAGACGAAUACGGAGGCUUCCUAAGCAAACGUAUAGUGGAGGAUUACACAAACUACGCGGAGCUUCUAUUCCAAAGAUUCGGAGACAGAGUUAAACAUUGGAUCACUUUGAACCAGCCUUACUCUCUCGCAACCAAAGGUUAUGGAGAUGGAUCGUAUCCACCCGGACGGUGCACUGGCUGUGAAUUUGGAGGAAAUUCUGCAACCGAGCCUUACAUAGUUGCACACCACCAACUUCUAGCUCAUGCAACAACUGUAGCUUUAUACCGAGAAAGAUAUAAGAAAUCUCAAGGGGGUAAGAUAGGAACGACUUUGAUUGGAAGAUGGUUUGUCCCAUUAAACGAAACUAGCGAACAAGAUAAGGCUGCUGCAAAACGGGCAUUCGAUUUCAUCGUCGGAUGGGUUGAACUAUUAUGUUACACAUUAUACGGCCGAUGCAUCUAUUUCGUACCUAGUGUCGCAACUGAUCCAUGCGUUACUCUUGGAUAUUAUCGCAAUGGAGUUACUAUUGGCGUUGUGGCUCCCAGCUUUUUGUAUUAUCCUCCAGGAUUCCGUAUGAUUCUAAAUCACAUCAAAGUUAACUACGGAAACCCACUUACCUAUAUUACCGAAAACGGAGUUGCUGAUCCUGGAAACGGAAACUUACCGAUUAAAGAAGCUCUUGCCGACAAAGGAAGAAUUCAAAAUCACUGCAGCCAUCUUUCGUGCCUCAAAUGCGCCAUCGAGAACGGAUCCAACGUAGCAGGAUAUUUUGCAUGGUCUUUGAUGGACAACUACGAAUUCGGAAAUGGUUACACUCUCCGGUUUGGUAUGAAUUGGGUCAACUUCACUAAUCCUAUUGAUCGAAGACAAAAGGAUUCUGGCAAAUGGUUCUCUAAAUUCAUCACAAAAUAA